GCUGUUGACUUAGGAAAUGAUGCGUGGCUUUAGUUACCGAUCGUGGUUCGAAGAUGAAUCAACCAGAAGAAGUUGCUCCCGACAGUUGGCCCAAGAGGUUGCGACAUUACGUAACCGUGGAACCAGUCAUUAUAUUUUACAUCUUUGGUGUCGUCAUCUCAACCGGACUGAAGGUGUUUGAGUAUCAAAAGGCAUGUGCAACAAAGUUGAACGUUGAUCUACAGGUGUGCGAAUAUUUUAUGCAGCUUGAAGAUAACAAUAUUUGUGACAAUUUGGAGCCCACCAAUGAGACAAUCUUCCAGAGCUCAUUGGCCGGAGAAAAUCAAAGCCAAGAGCUGUUCAACCAAAUUGUCUGCACGUCCAAAGAACGAUCGAUCAAUGAGGUAGCUUUUCUAAAUUCCUACCGCAAUAUCAUAACUGGAUUGAUUCAAGCUUUUGUGCUUAUUUUUGCUGGCAGUUUUAGCGAUCGUGUCGGAUUGAGAAAGCCAUGCAUUCUUAUACCGAUCGCGGCCGAUGUUCUCCAGUUCGGAGUUCUAAUUGUAUCAGCCAUUUUUAUGCGCGAGGUAUCGUUAGAGCUUGCUGGAAUUCUACCCAACUUAAUAACCUCACUUAGUGGCGGAACACCUCUGGUAGUUACUGGGAUAUACAGCUAUCUGACUGUGUGCACUUCCGAAAAAGAUCGAACAUUCCGAUUCGCAUGCACUGCCGUUAUCAUUGCCAUUAUUCCGAUCGGUGCCAAUUUCUUCAGUGGUCAUCUUUUCAAGGCACUGGGAUUUAUGAAACUAUGCGUGCUUUGUAUCGUCAGCGAUUGCAUCGGACUGUUGUACGGUGUACUCUAUCUGAAGGAACCAACCCUACCAGCUGCGGAUUCCGAUGAUGGGAAUCAACAAAUCAACAAACCACCCACAUCGGAGAAGGAUAAGCCAAAUUACUCCCAAUCAUUCCGGAAGCUGUUCGACCCAUCGCUGGUGAUGGAUUGCAUUCGCAUGGUUGCCCGGAAACGGAACUUCAAUCUGCGAAUCAUUUUAAUCCUAACGGUGGUGGUGUACUUCAUCAAUUACGGCGCCCUGGGGGAUGCUGAGUCGGCUGCCAUCCUGGCGUAUCUGAAGUUCAACUGGAUUACCAACCUCGGCACGUGGAUUUCCUACGACUUGCUGACCACGCUCCUGGGCACUCUGCUGGCCAUGGGAGUCCUGAGCAGGCGGUACGGAGUUUCGGAUUUUCUCAUCUGCGUCUACUCGGUCUGUUUCACCCUGAUCGGAAAGCCAAUUAUGGCGUACGCGGUAAGCUCGGUUACACCGUAUCUGUAUUAUGUUGCUACAUCUAUCGACAUAUUCGAAGGAAGCAAAACUGUGGCCAUUCGAAGCAUCGUCUCUAAACUGGUGGAUCCGGGCGAAAUAGGAAAAAUGCUCGCCAUCAUGGGAAUCGUUGACUCCGCUCAGGUGGUAAUUUAUCCAACCCUUUACAGUGCGGUCUAUCUGGCGAGCCAGGACUUUUUCAUCGGAACCGUGUUCCUGGUCAGCGAAGCGUUCCUGUUGGUGUCGUUGGGAUUCUAUCUAGUAUUGUAUUUCAUGUACAGAAGGUCUCAAAGUUUGAGGGAGCAAGCUGAACAAAAGCAAGGACUCGAUAACCCGGGACUGGAAGUAACGGCACUGUGAUUAUUUUUAAGUUAUUUAGGUUGA